GUACAUACAUUCUGACAACUGCCCUGCUGCCCCUCCUGGAAAAAGAGGCUGAUGCCAGAGUGAUAACUGUUUCUUCGGGUGGCAUGCUAGUUCAAAAAUUAAACAUAUCUGACUUGCAGUCGGGAAAUGGGACAUUUGAUGGAACUAUGGUGUAUGCACAAAACAAGAGACAGCAAGUCGUCUUGACAGAACAGUGGGCAAAAUCUCACAGAAACAUCCAUUUCUCUGUUAUGCACCCCGGCUGGGCAGAUACUCCAGCUGUGCGAUCAUCAAUGCCAGAUUUCUAUCAGAAGAUGAAGAAUUCUCUGCGCACAGAGGCCCAGGGAGCCGAUACUGUUGUAUGGUUGGCAGUAUCAUCUGAAGCAAUAAAGUUACCGAGCGGCUUGUUCUUCCAAGACAGGCAGCCAGUCCCUACACACUUACCCCUGGCAAGCACCCACAGUCCACCGGAAGAUGAGGAGAAGCUAAUGGAGGUGCUGGAAGAGUUAUCCCAGAAGUUCAAAUCCACUUCUCCAGGAACUUAG